AUGAACGACAAUCGACAAUUAAGUAAAUUUGAAGAAAAGCUGUUGCAAGUAGUUAUUGACAAUGCAUACAUUAAUCAUCUGUGGCUGAAAAUGGACCCGAACUAUCGUUUCGAUUGUCGAAGUUUCGCUGCAUUGGAGAGAAAUCAGGCGUAUACUUGUCUCGUUCAUCCUUCAGAUAUUCAUAACAGAAGAAAACUUUACGGAACUGUGAAAUGGUUAGAUAAGCAACACCAUCGUUUAGGAUUCAUCGAGUGCAUUGGUCUUGAUAGAUACAUGUAUGUUAAUUCAUCGAAUAUCUCAAGUCGUCAUCCGUUUUCAUAUUCGAAUACAAACGUGGAAUUCAAUCUUAUUGAAGAGGACAAUAAGUGGAAAGCAGUUAACAUAGCGGUGAUUUGA